AUGGUAGAGCUGGACCUGUCCUGCUCCAAAGGCCUGUGCCAUCCUUUGGACACAGAGGUGGCCCCAGAAGCCAGCCAGACCCCGAUCCUGGCCCGAAGGAGAGAACCGGACUGUCCAAGUCUAAGGUCCCUCAGGACCAUAAGCAGAGCUGUUCCGCAUCAAGGUUUCUCCCGAGGAGCUGAGAUGAAAACAACAGAGGAGCCAACCUCGAGUCUCGGGCAGACCCUGGAGUGGCUGAGAAAGGAGCUGGCUGAGAUGCAGGACCAAGACCAGAGACUCCUGCUUACACUGAGGCACCUGCACAGCGUCCUGGAGGAGCUCCGCGCAGAGAGUGUCCCCUGGGAGGAUGCCAGGUCGAGUAGCGGGACCUCCCCCAUCAGAGCUCGAGCAGGCUCUGAAGGCAGGGCCCGCCAACCCUUUCCCUCCAGGCGCCCGGCCCAUCUCCUUCAAGGGGUAGACAGCAGACGAAGUUCCCUCCCUUAACAGGCGGGAGACGACCUUGACUUUAACCCUCCCCCAACCAGUCUAAACUUUGACUGUGAUGCUGUUGAAAGAGAGCACUGGAAUGGGAGUCAGGAAGUCCAGGCUCUGGAUUUACCCAUGCCCUCAUUCACUCUAUGUCCCUGGAACUGUCACUCAGCUUCUCUGUGUCACUCUUUCCUCUCCUGUCACUUAGCAGUAUUUCAAAAAUAAGCUAAGAGAUGUGAAUACAUUUGGGAAACAGAAACAUGUUAUAUGGCUUCCAGCCAGCACCAUGGUAGUAAUCCUAUUCUUGGGAAUUUCUCACAAGGUGGUUAUUAAAACAAAGAAAGAACUCAGUGUGCCAGGGUGUUUAUCCAGUGUUGCCAUGGUGAAAAACAGAACCCCAUGUAGUGACUUGCUGGUUGUUUUCAGGCCUUUUAUUUCCCUUUAUCUGAAAGCAACAGGCCCUACAACCACCCUGGCCAUAGGGAUCAGCAUGUGACCAGGCUUGGCCAAUUACAGUUCAUCGUCACCCUAACAACAUGAUUGGCCCAAUGGGUAGCCCAUGCGACUCCACAGAGCCAAUCACAAACCUUCUCUGGCAUUACCCUCUUGAUACUUGUUCUUCUGAAGUUGCAAAGCUGGGGCUGCCAGUGGCCAGGA